AAUACAAGUGUGGCAAAUAUUUAGGGACGAAGGUAUAAUUAAAAGAUUUUCUAUUCCAAAUUUAGAAAAUUAAGCUACGGAGGGAGGGCCUCUCUAUGGCGGCGAAGUACGGAUCCGGAUUGAGCAGCAGAAUCAGAAUCUAUUACGAAACUCGAGUUUCCACACAGGAGAAAGUCGACGGCGGCGGAGAUUCCUCCUUGAAUGCAGCAGCAGCAGCCCCGAUCGCCGCCGCCUCAGCUCCAGGUACGCCACCAUCCUCAUCAAUUGUGUUCAGAGUGCAGUGCAUCAUGAGAUUAAGCGUGGCAGCAGGAGACCCCAUGAGGGAGUUCCUGGAGGGGGCUGCUUCCCUGGGCUUAGCUCCUAUCUUCAUGGUAGAAAUCUGCGAGGUGACGCAUGCCACACUCCCGGUUAUAAGCGAAGAUGGAAAAAGAUUCAUUGAAGAAUGCGAGGAGGAAGAUGAAAUUGUUGACCAGGACGAAGUCGUGCCCUUCCCUGAUAAUAACCAGGAGGAGAACAAAAAAGAACCUGAUGAUGCAGAAUGUCUCAAUGCUCUCAAGAGAUUAAUUUUGGACGUAGGAGACAUUAAUGAGGAGGAUGAGGUAGCCAUACUGGAUGAUUGGACCAAUAAAUUCACGGAUAUUUUUUACAGGGUAACUGAUGAGGAGGAGGAGAAAGCUGCAAAGGAGGAAAAGGAGGCAAAGGACGAAGAGGAGGAGAGGACUUGCCCCAUCUGUAUGAACAUAUUCGAACCAGACGAGAAGCGGAGUAAGAUGAUUUGCUGCCCUCAAGUUUUCCACUGCGAUUGUAUCUCGACGUGGCUCAAACGUGGCAAGACGUGCGCCCCUGGUGCCGUUCCUCUUUACCACUCGUGCUUCCAUCCGCAAAGGGCAUUAUUAAACGAAAUGAAUCAGAAUAUUUUGUUUGCCCUGUUCAUCCUGGAGUUUCUCCAUACUUGGUGACAAUCUGGUAUUAUUUGGUAGAACGUUCUGUAUGGAGCAAGGAAAUAUUACAUGCUCUCGGGUGUGAGUGUGGUUGUCUCUCACGCGUGCCUGAUGUACUAGUAGUUUAGCAUCGGUGGCUUUUGAUCGGUGAUGAUAAUAAAGCUGUUUAGGCAUCCUAUGUUGCUUGGUAGAAGAGUUGUUCGAAAAUUAGGGAUGAAUCCAGCUGUUUACAAGAGACUUGAUUUCGCUCGUGUUCAUGAAAAAAAGAUUAGAUUCACCUAGUGCAUCAACUAUUUCCAAAAUCAGGUCACAAUGCAGAAUCUGGGUGGGCACAAGAGUUAAGGAUGUGAAAACUGUUUGUGGAUAUUUGUGUAGAGAGAGAUGAUAUGAAUCUCGUAUUUCUUCUCCUAAAGAUAUAUCGUGGAAGAGUUUCCAGAAUUUGAAGGAGAAAAGGAAGAUGUUUUGGACAAAAAGGAUGAUCAAAAUAUAGUCAAACUGGGCAUUAUUAUUCAUGAACAGACUGCAGAUCCUCCCAAUACAAAACCUUAGAACUGUUGACAUUGGCUAAGAAAGAGCCAAGAUCAGAAGCCUUCAGAACACCGUUUUUCCAAACACUAGCAUCCAAUCCAUAAAAUAUGGCCUCGGUUCCUCACAUCAGGAAUACCUGACAUCUAUUUUCAAAACCUGGAUUUGGAGAAAGUGAUCCUUAUCUCAAAAAGGAGUCUUGAGUCAUCAUCAAUGGACAUGCUGCACUUAUCAUCUUUCAUAUGCUGUGAAUGUUAACUGAAAUUUUAGGUGGUGGUCGGAUUCUCUAGUGCAAGUAGCAAGGCAUGCCUGGGUUUAUUUAAUAUUCCUCAUAAGAUUGCUGAAUGGAUUGGUCAUUAGUACUUUUUUGGGAAGUACACUUCUUUGGUCAUCAGUACAGAGUUUUUUAUUGCCUUCGGAUGGGCUUUUUGGAUUAAACUGGUUGCAUUGGUUCCGCAUUCAAGAUGAUAGCCAAAGAAGCUUCUCUUCCGAUGAACAUACUGCUGGGUGAUUUUACAGGGCAAUGCUUUCGUCUGAUGCAUAAGUUAUUCAGACUUUAAAUUGAAGAGUCAAAUUGGCCUGACUAGUACAGUAGGGAAUUCAAAUUUAGACAAAGGUUGAAGAUGCUGUGAAGAAAAUGCAGUGUAUUGGUGAUUGUUUAUAAGAGAUUUCUUCCUAAACCAUUUUCUCCGAGAGGCAAUAUUGCAAGUAGAGACUUGUGCCAGGAAUUCCUUAUGAA